AUGGACAACUUACAUCUUUACACACCGAACACUGAACAUUUUCAGCUGGACGAAUCAGUCUUCCCGAACAAUGACUCGUCCGAAACCAGAGACCAGACCGUGGAUAGUUUUGAAAUUAAUAACAAUGAUUUUUCUUCACAAGAGAAUGCACAAAGCGAUCUAAAUUUGGAUAAUAAUGAUCGGUUCAGACCAGUACGUCGCACAAUUUUUUCUGAUGAGGUUAUACAGGUCGACGACAGACCGCUUUGUGAAUGUUUUCCACCCACAGAGGUGAUGUUUAAUUUUAAAGAGGGAACAACUCCCCAAGUAUCGGCUGAAGGCCACAGUAUAUGCGACGAAGCGUUUAACGACAAUAAUCAAUCAAUCCUAGAUAUGGAUUUUGGAAUGAAUAACAGCAUUCUACAGCAACCAAUGAGUCUCAGUCUAGAUAAGACUGACGACAAUUUACCAGAAAUCAAUACGAUUAUUAGUACUUCAAAUUCCUAUUUCGGCAACCAAAAUAAUGGCAUGGAUGUCAUGGCUACAGUAGGCUACACCGACAUAGUUCAGCACACAAUCAAUACAGGCGAUGCCCGGCCUAUUCGGCAACCACCAUACCGCACAUCUCCAGCAAAUCGCGCAGAAAUUUCGAGGCAGACAGAACAAAUGCUCGAACAAGGUAUUAUUAGCCCCAGCGUCUCACCUUGGGCAGCACCGGUGGUGCUCGCUCUGAAGAAGGACAAUACUAUGCGGUUUUGCGUAGAUUAUCGCAAACUAAACGCAGUAACGGUUCGAGACAACUACCCUUUACCGUUAAUUACCGAUGUUCUUGACUCAUUCUCGAAUGCGAAACACCUGACAACUUUAGAUCUCCGCAACGGCUAUUGGCAAAUCGCGGUAGCACCAGAAUCUCGCGAGAAGACAGCGUUCAUCACUUAUGAGGAACAUCUGAAGGAUUUAGAAGAGGUUUUCCAACGGCUAAGAAACGCCAAUAUCAAACUAAACCCUAAGAAAUGCACGUUUGCGAAAAAGGGAAUAGAGUAUUUGGGCCAUAUUGUGUCGACUGAAGGAAUUGAACCUAAUCCAGCAAAGAUCAAAGCUGUACAAGAAUACCCUCGACCCAAAGGCCUCCGUGAUGUUAGAAGUUUCCUAGGAUUGGCGAACUACUACAGACGUUUUCUCUACACUGAUGCUAGUGCUGAAGGUAUCGGUCUGACGUUAGGUCAAAUUCAAAACGGCCGCGAGGUAGUAAUAAGCUAUGCAGGAAGAGAUUUGUCACCAAGCGAACGCAAUUUUUCAGCAAGCGAGCGCGAAGUGUUAGCGUUAGUCACAGGGAUCCGGUACUUUAGCUGCUACCUUCACAACAAACGUUUCGAGGUCUAUACAGAUCAUGCAGCGCUCAAGUACUUGAUGAAUAUCACGCACGAUUCCACCGGAAGACUGGCACGUUGGUCUCUACUAGUGCAACAGUACGACUUCGAAAUCAAGUACAGACCGGGCAAGAAUGGCGUCCUGUACCACAUCGACCAGCAUAACCUUAAGACAGAGAAAGGUAGCUACUCUCAGAUCGUUAUCCCAGAAUCACUUCGCUACGAGGUUUUGGUUAACAUUCAUGACGAUGUAACAGCAGGACACCUCGAGGUGCACAAAACCUAUGACAAGCUCAAAGCACGCUACUUUUGGAAAGGCAUGUUCCAAGAUACAGAACACUGGAUCAAGUCCUGCGUGGACUGCAAUAUGCGCAAGACGCCUAGGAAUCGCCACAAAGUGCCACUUGUCCCCAUCCCUGUUGAUGGACCAUUCGAUCGCAUUGCGAUAGACGCAAUGGGACCGUUCCCAGUAAGCGACAAUGGCAACAGAUACAUUUUGGUGAUUAGUGGCUACCCCACGAAGUGGCCAGAGGCUUUUGCAGUACCUCACAUCACUGCCCCAGUAGUCGCGCGCAUUCUUGUAGACCAGAUAAUUGCUAGACAUUCCUGUCCUAAUCAGCUCAUGAGCGAUAGAGGGAAACAUUUUCUCUCAGAGGUAGUUCAGGAAGUAUGCAAGAUUUUCAAUAGACCCACCCUUCCACCCCCAGACAUUCCAGAUGACACUCUACCUCUUCACCCGGAUCUUCCAUUAGAGGACGAGAUUCCCUCAGAGGAUAGCGCAAACAAAGCCGACCCAACCCCCUUUAGAUAA